UUUUGAUAUAUCAUAGUAGAUACCUAGGUACCUACAAAACCUUUUUUUUUACCUUUUAUUUAGUUUAACGUUCCCGAGGGAAAAGAAAAAAAGAAUUCUGUUGCAUUUCGGGCUGCCUUCUAAAUUUGUAGGUGAUUGGACACCCAAAAGAAACUACCGAACCUUCCUGCUCCCCUCAUGCCUCCAAUACGCUGGGGCUCAAUGCCCCGAUGCAGGUUAGGACUGCAAGCUGCAAAUACAAAUUGUCGGGGCCUGCGUUUCCGAUCAACUACCGGCGGCGGAGUGCAGCUACGGAAAACAGCUUCACCACAGCCAGUCUCUGGAUUGUGUGUUGCCGGACCAUCCGGUCGCCGCCAAUGUAUACCAUUGCCGGGCCACAGGAUGUCGGUUGGCGCUGAAAGAAAUCCACAAAACCUCCGCGCCUUUUCAUCUUCAUCCCCGUUCAAAAAUGCCGCCAAGUCCGAAUCAGCACCGGGUGGACGGCAGCAGUUGCAGACGAUCUCUAGAGAGGACACCAAUGGAAGGUGGUAUUUCCAACUGAGGGAGCGCAUAGGCAAAUGCAUCAUCUUUGGCCUGUCGGAGGGCCAGCUCGCGCGGGCCGUCGACCUGGUCGCCGCCAUGUCCGCCGAGUGGGAGAAGCUGGUGCUGCACAUGGGCGAAUACCCUACCGACCAAGACGGUCUGCGCAAUCAUGCUGUGCCGUGGGGUGAUAUGGACAGUUUUGGUCACGUCAACAACGUUCGCUACUCUCGCUAUGCAGAGACGUCCCGGGUAAACUGGAUCACGGGCUUUGCGCAAAAGGAUCCUUCUAAUGCUCAGUGUUGGAAGAGUCUAAUGACAAAACAGUCGAUCGGCUUGAUCAUGGCCGACAUCUAUAUCAGAUUCCUGUCUCCCGUCGUCUACCCAGACACGCUCAACGCCUACCACAAGGUCAUCAAACUCCCCGACGGACCAGGCGAGGGGGAUGCGGCAACGCGCAGCUCCAUGACCCUCGGCUGCGUCAUCAUGUCCAAGAAGCAGAGGCGCAUCGUCGCCACCGUCACGGAGAAGGUCCUGUUUUACGACUACCGCACCGAAAAGAAGACGGACGCUCCAGAGUUUGCCCUCGAGGUCCUGCGACGGGCCUGCUCCGACGCCGCGGGCGCAAUGGCCGAGGCUGCCGGCAGGAUCCAGCAGUUCAGGGAGGCGGUCGAGAGGCUGGAGGCCGAGUCCUGGAAUCGCGAGGACGCGGUCGAGGAUAUGGGGUCGGCUAAGGGUGGGAGGUGAGAUGUACCAGCGUGAUGGUGAUGAACAAAGGACUGCACCUUGCGGGCUGGGUGGGAAUUUGGUGAGCAGAGGCGUGAAAAGUGAGACAAUGCUGUAGCUACUGGGCCGAGGUUGAUAUUGAGUAUUGCCUCAGGCAGGAGUCAUCUUUCGUCCUACACUGCAUUGAAGGCCGGCCUUGGAAGUAGGGAAGGUCUACCGGGAACGAUAGUAAAAGGAGGCUGUGUCCGCUUGGAGAUUGAGAGUCAUGCCAGGUUUUUUUCAUCCAGCUGGCCAAACACAAGCGAAACUGGCAUGACCGAAUCGGUUCAUAGCCGGAUAAAUGAUGACUGAAAAGGGCCGUAUGAGCCUGAGUAGUAGCCAGAAAUGAUGGGAGAUUGCUUGCCCAACGCCCUCACUGAGGCCAGAGGACAUGGAUAAUCGGUGAUUAUCCGAGGUUGUCAGGCGGGCACGUCCAUCCUGUCAUCCAUCCUGCCUGACUGAAGACAUAGCAUAACGUGUAAUCUUUCCAACUACCCUCAGACAAAUUAAGAGUAGGACGUUGGAUCAAGAUGGGACGAGCCCAAAGUUUUUUUUUUUUCUUUCUUCAGACUACGCAUGACUGCCAGAGCUGACACUUGUUGC